AUUUUUCAUAAAGAACGGCUGGCUACAUUCUCAAAACUCAUAACAAAGAGUCGAGCGCACAAUUCUCUAGUCGCUAUGAUGCAACACGAGACCAUUGAACAUCGAAAGGGUGAAAAUACAGCAAAAUAAUCAAAUAUCUUCCAUACACAGAAAUUUAACCUGACUAGCAUUCAGAGCACGUUAGAAUAUACGCCAUACGGUCACUGGAAGCAGGUAAGUAGCAUGAUCAUGGUAAGCAGGUUAGCAGGUAGGUCAGCAGUGAACGUAACGUACUAUACCGCUAUGGCGCCUCAGGUUAUCAGCGGCAACGAAGCGGCGAGGAGAGACCCGCGGCAGCUUACCUAGUCUGUGUGGCUCUCAUUCCUCUCAAGGGCGGCGAGACACGUGGGUAAGACGCGCUCUCUGGGACUACACAAGGCCACACCACGAACAUGGCUUUGUUGGAUGGACAUGUACUGGCUGCCUCGAGUCCCGCCCCAACGCCCCCACCGCCCGUCACCUCCCUGCCUCGCCUCUCCAGGAAGCGGAGGAUGAACUUCUUCGACAUCGCCAACCUGCUGGACUCUGACGGCAACCUGCAGAACGAGAUGAUGGUGUUCGCCUUCGCCGCCACCAUGCUCUCCACCAUCCCCAUCCUCCUGGGCAACGAGUUUGACAUUAACGUGGGACUCAAGAGGAAGAAAAGGGAUGACGACCUGUACCAAGAUGAAGUAAAGGCCGCGAGCUUCUCACAAGAUAGUUUCCCCUCUAGACCCGCUCACAGCAAGAGGAGGACAGGAGGACGAGACAAAAAUACAAAUGAAGCACAGACCGUGAGUUUCUAUGACAGUUUCACGGAGUUCCCGGAAAAAACACUCACGCCCUCUGUGGAAGAUGCAUACUCGUCCCGCGGCGCAGAUAAGCUUGCGGAAAAGGAGACUCAAGAACCAAAAGACACGUGGCUGAAAAAACUCCUCUAUUAUUUCCUCAGAUAGGCCGAGGAAAUGGCGAAGAAUACUGUCGCUACUCAAUAACUUACUCACUUUACUGUCCGAUGAAUACAAUAUAAACCCAAGAUGAGGCACUAUGAAGAUAACUCGGCCCACUAACAUCCAGGUACUGUUUAUUUCACGACAAAACAUGAUAUCUAUAUAAGUCGCGAUUUACAUAAUUGAAGGGGCGAGUGAAAUUAAUGAACUGAACUGCCGCAGACCAAACCUAACCUGGCCUUGAAGUGAAUUCGUCAAUGUUAUUUCAAUACUAUCGUCCAAAUGGUGUUAACAGGUUCGUUCUUUGCAUUUACGAGAAAGUAUUGGUGUCAGACGUGAUGUAUUGUUGUUAGGAAAUGUGUUGCCAGGCGAGGGUCACUGCUCCCAUGACCCUUGAUGGAAAAUGUGCUCUCUCUCUCUCUCUCUCUCUCUCUCUCUCUCUCUCUCUCUCUCUCUGCUAGAGGUGGGGAGCAUUCUCAGAAGGGGCGGUGUGGAACAAGAUAUUGACAGACGCAAAGGACACCCCACCAUCUCCGCGGGGAUGAUGAGUGGUGGUGAUGGCUGGCGUUCAUGCCCGCCUCUCGUAUCCACAACACGCGAGGUAAACAACACACACACACACACACACACACACUGUUCUGCUUUCAAUGUGUGUGUGUGUGUGUGUGUGUGUGUGUGUGUGUGUGUGUGUGUGCUUCAGUGAUAGCUGCCUCCCAAACACACAUAUUGUCGGUACUACUUUGGCAUGUGAUCUACAUAGCCAACGUGAUCAACAAGAGUCAAAUUCUACUUUGGUAUGCAAUCUACAUGUUUCAUUCAUUCAUUAUGGCUCAUAUGAAAUAUACUACAUAUACAUAUAUUUAUACAAAAAAAUUAAACAAAUAACGAAUCAAUAGUUAUGAAACAAAGAAGCAAUGAAACGAGCUUAGAGGCAGAGGCAAUACUUGAAUUAUGAAUGUCAUUAUAAUCACAUUACAGCGCCAUUGAAAAGGUUCUCAGUGUCUUUCAAAUGAAAUAUAUAAAUUUCAAAAGUUGUAACACUACUUCGCAUUGAGGUAGAAAAGAAUGUAGCUACUUCAUCCCCCGAAAUUAUAUGAUGUGUGUUAAAAAAAAAAGUAUCGAGUUUUGCCGGACUGUUUAUCGAAGAGAUCUUGUACUGAUGGUUAUAAUCAUCAUGUGAGUUAUGUACUGCGUAAACCGAAAUAAUGAAAACGAAUUCAUGUUAAGAUAUAUAAAUGAAUAUAUAAACAAACAAACAAAUAACGAUGAUUACGAUGCACGUGACGAAGAUAAAGAUGCAAUUCCACGAUAAUGAUACGAGUUUCCACGAUAACAAUGCAAUUUCAGUUUCUACAAUAACGAUAAGAGUUUACACAAUAACGAUGCGAUUCCACGAUAGCGAUAGGAGUUUCCACGAUACGAUGCGGUACGAUGCGAUUCCACGAUUACGAUGCGAUUCCAAUUUCCACGAUAACGAUAUUUUUCCACGAUAACGAAGUAGGUGUGGCGAAUAAACAGGUACUAGGACGAACCCUUCCUCCCCAACUUCCAAGGGUCCACCUCAGCAGCCCCGUGGGUGUGAGGAUAAUGACAAGGCAACCUUGCCUCGCCUCACACGGCUCGUCAUGAGCAAUGACCGCCACACACCACGCCCAGCCACUGUCAUGAAGUGAGCCCUCUCAUCCGGAAGUCAUCCCUAAAGGAUCCCCUUGUACUGCCAGUGUCUGGUGCAUGGCGCCCAGCGUGCCACACACCAAGCGGUGGCAUAGUGGAUAGGGUGGUGAGCGUGAGAUCGGGCAGACGUCUAUGCGUAUAGGUUUGAAUCCCAC